CGCCUUCUACCUGGGUCGCAAAUGGGAUGCUUUCUACCCCUGGCAAUAACGCGACUGCGCUCACGCCAGGCCGCACUGAUGGCGAAAAGUCGAUCCAAGAUCUGGCAAAGGAGAUUGAAAGUCUCACGGCAAAGAAACGUGAACUUGAACGACAGCAAGAAAUCUCACCCUCGAAGACCAAGAGACGCAGAGUCUCCACCUCCUCGUACCAUACGUCACCAUUGGGACAACGCAACCUCUCCCCCUCCUUUCAAACCUCGGCUGGAGACAGGGAUGUCACUGGUGCUUGA